AUGAUUUAAUCAUAGGUUAUUUAGCAAUAAUAAGGAAUAUAGCAAAUUCCUAUCACAUACUUGUAAGGCUAUACCAAAGAGAUAGUAGCUUAAUGCAAUCAGGUUCAGAUGAUAUAUUGUCCUCAAGUGGAUGCAAAUGAUGUAAUAGUUGAUGAAAAAAUAAAUUGCAUUAUUCCUCCUAACUCAAACAACGUAGGAGGGCUUUAUAUCGGAAACUACUAAGCAGCCCUUCAAGCGAAUCUUUUGCUUUAAAAUAAUAUAAAAGCUGUUUUGACAGCUUCUAAAGAAACUCCUAUCUAGUAUUAGUCUAGUUUAGUGCCUUUUUAUUUGUAAUUAGACAUGAGUGAUAGUGGUGAGUUAAUUCUUGAAUCAUAUUUUUAACCAUCCUUCGAAUUUAUAGAAAAUGGAAUGAAAUUUGGAAAUGUUCUAGUCCAUUGUCACAUGGGUAUUUCAAGAUCUUCUGCUAUAAUUCUUGGUUAUUUGAUGUAUUCUAGGCAAUGGACUCUUGAAAAGGCAUUGUGGGUUUUAAAAGUAAAAAGACCUAUUGCAAAUCCUAAUCCAGGAUUUAUGGAUAAUCUCUUUGCUUAUGAGUUAAAAUUAUUUGGUAAAAACAGUUUAGUGGCUUAAGAAAAGAAGCAAUCAACUCUCCCUCCUUUCUUAAAGGAAAUAUUAAAAAAAUCUCCUGCUAAAGUGGUACGUGAUCAUUAAAUAGUUCAUAGAGAAUAAUAAGAAGAGUAUAUUCCUCUCAAUAAGUCUUAUCAUAUUGAAGAAGUUCCUCCAGACUCAGUCAAUCAUUCUUCUUCUAAUUUAAAUACUUCAUAUUUAUCUACAGGGAAAAAAAUUAAUAUUCUUUCAGUUUCCCCUUCUAAAAACACAUCUUUCAUGGUAAAUUCCUUAGCACCUCCACUCAACAUAUCUCCUCGUAUUAUGUGA